CGGCGUAAUCAUGCUCCGAUGAAACCCAAAGUUGUGCUCAGAGCCCUUUUGCUCAAUCAAGGAGGUCGAUUUAACAGGCCUUGUUUGCGCUCCUCUAUAUGGAGUAGCAUGAGUUUUGACAAGUAACUAGAGAACUCCAAUUUAUUCUAAAAUGUCUACUGAACGUGAAUAUGAUUUGGUUUUGCUAGGUGCGACUGGCUACACGGGUAAGCUCACUGCUCAGUACAUAUUCAAAUCGCUGCCACCUGACCUGAAGUGGGCAAUUGCUGGAAGAAACAAGAAAAAGCUCCUGCAGCUUGGCCAGUCCUUAGUACUAAAAGAUACAUCUAGACAGUCACCUGAUACUCUAAUUGUUAACCUAGACGAAAAUGACCUUGAUUCCAUGUCAAAGAGGACACGAUUAGUGAUAUCGACAGUGGGCCCAUUUCAACUUUAUGGAUCUGAUACAUUUGCUGCCUGUGCCAGAAAUGGCACUCAUUACCUAGACUGUAACGGCGAAGCUCCAUGGUUGAAAGACAUGAUUCGCCAGCACGACGCAGUCGCGAAGGAAAACGGCAGCAUUAUGAUUCCGUGCUGUGGUUUCGAUUGUGUGCCAUCUGACCUUUCAACUUGGGUUGCCGUCCAACAAAUCCACCGUCAUUUUGGAGCGCAGACUAGGCGCUUAGAUGUCUGUAUUCAUAGUGUCCAGGGCGGAAUAAGUGGUGGAACGUUGGCCUCGGUUUUACAAGCAUUUGAGACAUACAGCCUUCGCCAUCUGUAUGAUGCCCACGCCCCUUUCUCUCUAUCCCCGAAACGGCCAAUCCCUACGGUGCCACCAAAACGAACAAGUUUAUGGACUAAAGUUUUCGGACUGCUCUGGAUUAAAUAUCUGGGUUGGAUGGCUUAUCAGCCACAGGGACCAGUUGACCGAGCGAUUGUUCAUCGAUCCUGGGGUUUGCUAGAACCCACGGACGCUUCAUAUGGCCACAAUUUCGAUUUUCAUGCUUGGCUGCGAACCUGGGGACCUGUGGCUGCCGUAUUAUGGCAUUUUGGAGGACUAAUGUUAGCACCGCUGAUCCUCCUACGUCCCAUUCGAAAGCUCCUACCAAGACUUUGGUAUCAACCCGGUGAAGGUGCAGGUCAGAGUAAAAUCAAAAACAACUGGUUCGAGUAUCGAGGCGUUGCAGAGGCAGAUACUUUGACCCAGCCGAAACCCAAGGUACUAGUUCGUAUGCGCUAUGACGGUGAUCCUUACGUAUUUACAGCCAUCGCCCUAGGAGAGGCAGCUCGAAUACUUCUUUGGCAGCAAGAUACCUGGGCGCAUAAAUUUGGUGGUGGGGUGAUGACGCCUGCUACCUUGGGUGAUCACUAUGUGUCUCAACUGCGAGCUUCGGGGGUGACUAUUGAUGUUAGAAACGAGCCAGAAAAUGGGGUGGUAAACCCUUUUGGCAUAGAUAAGUUAGCAUAGGUUGAGGUUCUUGGAAUGGCGCACACACGUGAGCUUUCCGACAGAUAUUCUGGCCCCAUUUCGUUAUACAUGUAUAGAUCUCAUUGGUACCUCCAGCAAGAAGGAGAGAAUACAUGGCAGCCUCAGCCCUAUCUUAGUACCUAUUUACACAAUCCACAUUUUAGCGGAUAUGUUCGGGCAUAAAUUACAAUAUAUAAAAUCUCG